AUGUAUCAAGAUGCAGAGGGUUCCGUCAUGGCGAAAAUAGACAAAAAUAAAUUCGAAACAUCCAUAAGUGAAUUGAAAACGAAAAUAUUUGUGAGUCCUGUUGACAUGGUCAAAUAUGUUAUUUUGUCUUUCAUUGCGAUGGUUGAAGACGAUGGAGCAGUCACUGAGGAAUAUCAGAAAGCCUACAGGAGUUCUUUGGAGAAUCCUGAGAAGUUCUGGGGCGAAGUGGCUCAGGAAGUCGAAUGGACUCGUCCUUGGGAUCAUGUCUUGGACAACAGCAACCCACCUUUCACCAAAUGGUUUGUGGGUGGUGAAUUGUCUGUCUGUUACAAUGCUGUAGAUCGUCACGUGCCAACUAGAGGUGAUCAAAUUGCUUUGGCUUACGACUCGCCCUUGACUGAUACCGUCAAACGCAUUACAUACUCCGAGUUGCAGGAUCAGGUAUCUCGUUUAGCUGGUCGGCUGUCAUCUCUUGGUGUAGAGCGAGGGUCUCGUGUGCUCAUAUAUAUGCCGCUAAUCCCAGAAGCUGUGGUGGCUAUGUUGGCUACUAAUAGGAUAGGUGCCAUACAUUCUGUGGUCUUUGGAGGUUUUGCUGCAAGAGAGCUAAGAACAAGAAUUGAACACGCGGAACCAACUGUUAUCAUAGCGGCUAGCUGCGGUGUGGAGCCAAAUAAAAUAGUCAGAUACAAAGACAUAUUGGACGACGCACUAUGUCAAAGUUCACACAAGCCUCAGAAGUGUAUAAUAUACCAAAGACGGCGCGUUCUCGAAUGUUCUCUGCAGAAGGGAAGAGAUAUGUGCUGGGAUGAAGCGUUGGAGGCGGAACCUGUUCCUUGUGUGUCAACUGAAGCUAAUGAAGCAUUGUAUAUAUUGUAUACUUCUGGUACCACGGAUGAUCCGAAGGGAAUACAACGGCCAUGCAUGCAUGCAGCUACACUGUGUUGGUCAAUGCGUGCUGUGUAUGGAUUGAAGAGUGGUGUGUGGUGGGCUGCGUCGGAUCUUGGAUGGGUGGUCGGUCAUUCAUACAUAUGUUACGGACCUUUACUAGCAGGGCUUACAACCGUUCUGUAUGAAGGAAAACCUGAUAGAACUCCAGAUCCUGGACAGUAUUAUAGAAUUAUAGAACAACAUAGAGUCAACGCUCUCUUUACGAUACCAACUGCAUUCCGCGUACUCAAAAGAGCUGAUCCCAAUGGAAAAUACGCUAGAAGAUAUUGCCAAAAUACUCUAAAGACGAUAUUCAUUGCUGGAGAGCAUUGUGAUCAUGAAACCAGACGCUGGGCUGAAAAUAUCUUCGGUGUAUCUGUUCUGAACCACUGGUGGCAGACUGAGACAGGCUCCCCCAUUACAGCCGCGUGUCUAGGAUAUGGGAUGAAAGGAAUACGACCACAUUCAACCGGGUAUCCUGUGCCUGGAUAUGAUUUACGUGCUCUUAGAGAGGAUGGUACCGAAUGUAAUUCAGGAGAAGUUGGUCGUCUGGUAGCAAAACUACCUCUGCCUCCAGGAUUCGCUUCAACAUUGUGGCAAUCAGAUGAGCGGUUUAAGAAAGUAUACUUCGACGCUUAUCCGGGUUAUUACGAUACUCAAGAUGUUGGUUGGAUAAGCGCUGAAUCAGCUGUUUGGGUGGUGGCUCGAGCUGAUGACGUCAUCAACGUCGCUGGCCACAGGCUCUCAACAGCUGCCAUAGAAGACGUUGUUCUGAAACACGCAAGAGUAGCUGAUGCUGUAGUGGUAGGAGCCCCUGAUCCUACUAAAGGGGAUGUCCCUCUUUGUCUAUACGUCAUGCGUCCCCCACAAGACGACGAAGAAAUGGUGUCAGAGAGCACAGUUACCCAAGAGCUCAUAGCAUUGGUGAGACACUUGAUUGGACCCAUCGCAGCUUUUAGGAAGGCUGUAGCGGUUCCAGCACUACCUCGCACAAGAUCUGGAAAGGCUUUGAGAGGAGCUAUAUCAAGAUUAGCCAGGUGUCAGCAGAUAAAACUGCCAGCUACCAUCGAAGAUCCGAGUGUAUUCGGCGAAAUAAAGGUCGCUUUACAAAAAUUUGGAUACGCUAUUGAUGCACCGGACCCCGAAAUGUAA